AUGGCGGAGGCGGACAAGGUACGUCACAUCAUGAAGGACAUUUCCGACCAUUCCUUUCAUAUGCUGCUGUCCAAAAACCCAGACACUCUUUCUCAGGGCAUUGAGCUUUGCCAGAGAUCCGACGAGCUCUGCAGACAGCGUCUGCUCACGCGGCGCCCUCCUGCGUCCGACGAAGUCCUCACAAGCAUGACCACAGCUCCUGAAAUGGACUCCCUGCUUUGCCAGUUAAAAGGGUUCGUCCGUGCUGAGGUCACUCGUCAGCUUUCCCUGCUGUCCUCAGCCACGCCACCACCUUCGAUUUUGCCGGCCAACCUUCUCCAGGUCACCCACGAGCAAGUGUGCGCAGCUCUCCCUUCUGACCGCGAGACUCUGCCUGUGCCGACUCCCGUUGGUUUUCCCGAGUUGACUGCACCUCUCAGCUAUGCCGAGGCUCUCGCGCGGCCACCACCUCCGACCUUUGCGCCAUCCCCACCGGUCGUGCCACUGUGCCCACCUCGCUUCGUUCAGCCUCGGUCUGGCAGCCGCCACACCGAUGCCAACACGCUUUCCCGUUUGACCGUGUCAACCGAAAGCGAUGCCUGCCUCUCUGCCAUUGCCCAAGCCCACUUGAAAGCCCACCUGCGUACCCACACAGGCAAGAAGCCAUAUCAGUGCUCUUCAUGCUCUCAGGGCUUCAAAAAGAGGUAUGGCUUAAAGUGCCACCUGCGCACCCACACAGGUGAGAAGCCAUUUGAGUGCCCUUCAUGCUCUCAGAGCUUUGCACGCAAGUCUACCCUCAAAGUCCACCUGCGCACCCAUACAGGUGAGAAGCCAUAUCAGUGCCCUUCAUGCUCUCAAAGCUUCAAAAUGAGAUAUGACUUAAAGUGCCACCUGCGCACCCACACAGGUGAGAAGCCAUAUCAGUGCCCUUCAUGCUCUCGGGGCUUCAAAAAGAGAUAUGGCUUAAAGCGCCACCUGCGCACCCACACAGGCGAGAAGCCAUUUUAGUGCCCUUCAUGCUCUCAGAACUUCGCACGCAAGUCUAUCCUCAAAGUCCACCUGCGCACCCAUACAGGUGCUCUUUAUGCUCUCAAAGCUUCAAAAAGAGAUAUGACUUAAAGUGCCACCUGCUCACCCACACAGAUGAGAAGCCAUUUGAGUGCCCUUCAUGAUCUCUGAGCUUCUCACAACAGGCCCACCUGAAAGUCCACCUGCACACCCACACAGGUGAGAAGCCAUAUCAGUGCCAUUCAUGCUCUCAGAGCUUCUCCCAAAAGGUCCACCUUGAGACACAUGACGCAAGAAGCCAUUUCAAAGCGCAUUAUGCCUUCAGAGAUUGUCGUUGAAGAAUGCCCCCAAGACACACCAGCUCAUUCAUGCAGGUGACCGGCCGUAUAGUUGUAACGUCUGCUCCAGGUCCCUUACACAGUCUCAACUUGAACAGACAUAAGGGAUCACAGCACCAUGAUACUCUAGGGUAGGUCAAGAUCGAUGUUGAAUGGGAAUCUGAAUUAUAAAUCUACAAAUGUGUAGAAUGUCGCAUAGUGUUCUACUGCAUGAGGUAGCACAAAUGUUUCCAUGUGCUCAUAAAGGGAAGGUUUAACUCGGGCCCAACUCUGAUACAUGUAAAAUGCAGGAACACUUUUCUGAGAUAACUACUGGACCAAUUAUUAGGAAAUUUGUUGCUUUUGAGACAAAAAGAUAAAUUCUAGUGGGUGCUGGAUGCAGAAUCUUGAUUUAAGGCCUUAAUGUUAUAAUAGCAAUUUCAAAGAUUUGAAAAAAAUUGAAACGAGAAGUUAUUAAAUUCGCAGCUCUGCACCUAGAAUAGUUAUCGUAGUUCUGUAAACUGCAUAUGGUAGAUAAUCAAAAGCGGAGAAAUUUGAUGUAUCAAUUUAUAUCUUUCGUCAACUUGUUACA